AUGGCGGCUCUGGCUUCACUGUCUUCAUCUGGCGCCCUGCGCUGCAUGCGGCCCUCCCCUGCGGCACAAAACCUGCUUCCUCUGCACUCCGCUUUCGGCCAGCAGACGCGGAACUUCGGCGCUGGCGACUUGAAGAUUGUCGCCGCUCGCAUGAAGUCGGUCAAAUCGAUUCAGAAGAUCACAAAAGCGAUGAAGAUGGUGGCGGCGUCCAAACUCCGAAUGGACCAAAGACGCCUGGAGAACGGUCUCCCCUUCGCGACCCCGGUUCAAAAACUCAUUCAGCGGAUUCCCAUUGAUUCGAAGGAAAAAGGCACCCUUGCCAUUCUCGCCCUCUCCUCAGACAAGGGUCUGUGCGGCGGCGUGAACAGCUUUGUGGCGAAGCAGACCCGAAUCGUGAUCAAAGAGAACGAAAUGGGUGGCAACGCAGUCCACGUGUACGGCGUUGGAGACAAAAUUCGCUCUGCCUUGCAGAGAACGUUCGGCGACCGCUUCAAACGCAUCAUAACAGAAGUGACGAGAUUUCCCUGGAACUUUGGCCAAGCCUGCCUCGUCGCCGAGAGGCUCAUGCAGGACAACCCUGCUCGACUUAUGGUGAUUUACAACCACUUCAAGUCGGCCGUUGCGUACGACACUCUUACGCUCAACGUCUUGACCCCUACGCAGGCUGCCCAGAGCGCGAAGGAGCAGUUGAACGCUUUCGAAUUCGAGCCGGAGAAAAUCGAGGUGUGGAAAGAUCUCCAAGACUUCUACUACGCUUGCACAGUUUUUGGCUGCAUGCUCGACAAUAUCGCCUCUGAACAGAGCGCCCGCAUGAGUGCCAUGGACAACGCGUCGACAAAUGCUGGAGAAAUGAUCUCUUCCUUGACGCUGCGGUACAACCGAGCGAGGCAGGCGAAGAUUACAACUGAGCUCGUGGAAAUUAUCUCUGGCGCCAAUGCGCUUGAGUAA